AUGAAGGAAGUGUUUAUCAUAGUCGUUCUAAUUGGCUGCACCGAGCUCACCGGUUUGACUCUCGGGAUUGAGGACGAUGACCACACACGACACGUCAUUCUGGACGACGAAUCAAAACGUGUCGGCGAGGAAGCCAAGCAAGUCGGUGAAGUACUGCGUGCGAUCGCCCAGGAACUACGCGAUCCAAUACCAGACUGGGGAGGAGAUAUCAAUGAGGUGGAGGAAUACUUCUUUAAAAGAAUCUGGAGGGGAAUUAAGAGAGGAGUUAAGGCUGUCGGGAAAGGCGUCGGCAAGGUGGCGAAGGAAGUCGGCAAGGGCGUCGGCCAUGUUGCCAAGGGAAUAAUCACCUCUAAAGCCGCUGACAUUGUCAAGAAAGUCUUCGAAAAGAAGCUCGCUGUAUACGCGCUUGAAGAUAAAAAUACCUACAACAACUUCCUUCAGGACGUUGCAGAAGAGUUGGAUCGCAUUGGUGAAGCGCUGACUAAAAAUCGUUCGCAUCUGUGAGACUGUGAAGGCGGCAAAAGGCCCAACGAAGAUUAGAGAGACUUGGUACAG